AUGGAGACGAUCGUUGCCGCCCUGUGCCACCCGCUGGUCACUCAGGUGUCUGCCGCCAUGACGCACUUCCCCACUGCCGCUGCCCCAGCCAAUAAGAAUCCGACCCAUCAGCACCGUGCCGACUCUGAUCCAGCGAUCAAGCCUGAUCCAACGGUUCACAUCGAUCCAGCAGUGCACGUGGAUCUAGUGUGUCUAUUCGAUGGCCUGCCCACGUGGCUGCUGGCAACGGCUCGCAACCCAAACAGGAUAGCUUAUCAUGACUCAGCACCAAUAUCAGCCAAAUGGGAGGGAAGCACUCACGUUCCCCCUGCCCUCCGCUCAUCGGAUCGUGGCAUUCGGCGGCGCAUUCUCUCGGCCCAAUCAGCAGCUGCCACGUGCCCCCCUGCAGCCAGGCCAGAGGCCGUGGUGGUGGUGUUUGGCAGAGGCGUGAGGGGGAGUGUGGGGGCGAUGGUGGCGAGGGACAUGGGGGGAGAGAGAGUGGUGGAGAGUGGUAUGGGGGGAGAGAGAGUGGUGGAGAGGGGUUUGAUGGGGGAGAAAGGGAGGGAGAGUGUGGGGGCGAGUGGGGGAAAUGAUCUUGGAAGAGAGAGAGUAUGCUGUGAGGAGAUGGGAGGUGAGAGAGUGGGUAGGAUGGAAGAGGGAGGCACGUUGGUUGGGCCAGGCACGAUGGGUGGGUUAGGAGGAGAGGCGAUGGUGGAAGAUGGGGAGGGAUGUAUGGAAGGGAAGGAGGAUGAGAUGGAUGAGGCUGAGAUGGCAGACAGCUGGGAAGAGGAAGAUGAUGAGGAGGAGGAGGAGGAGGAGGAGGAGGAGGAGGAGGAGGAGGAGGAGGAGGAGGAGGAGGAGGAGGAGGAGGAGGAGGAGGAGGAGGAGGAGGAGGAUGGAGAUGAUGACUUUCAAUGUGAUGGGGAUGCUGGUGCCUCACAUGCUGCUGACAUGGCGCGUGGUGUAUGGUUCCGUAUUUCCACGCGUGCGCUGCCAGCACACGUGGCAAGGCUGCUGGGCUGUUGGCACGCUCAGCCGCCCACGCAGCUGCUUGCUCCUGUUGGUGUGGCAGGAAACACAUGUGGCAGUGCUGCUCCACAUGUACACUCACCUGAGAAAACACCUGAGGGAACACCUGAUCUCACCCCUGUUGACAGAGCAGAAUGGAUUGGAAGGAGUCAGGGUAGAGUGCAGCUUGGUCUGGUGAACCCCGAUGUGACACCUGGUGUGACUAAUCUGAAGGACGCAUCUGGAGCGGUUACUCCGAAUGUGAAUGUGAUGGCAGCUGGUGUGAUUAAUUCGCAGGGAGCAGCUGGUGUGACAAAUUCUAAGGGGGGAGCCGGAGUGGUAAAUCUGGAUGUGACAGCAGCGGUGGCUCUGGUAUCAGAGCUUUCCCAUGGGGGGGCACAGCGGAUCGCAGGCUUGGCGGAAACGGACCUGCGGGUGAGGUUCGGAAACACGUGGCAGUUUAUGAGAGAUCAGGUGGGUGGGUAG